UCAUCGUGACUACUCGAUAAGAGACGAGUUUUCGUGUCUAGCAGGGCAGAGACGUUUGGCACUAAUGAAAUCCGAACGUGUUAACAAAAUGAGUGCGCCAAUACCGCCUUUCCAGACCGUGACAAAAACUAUCAUUAAGUCGAAACAGAUUUACGCACCCGUAGGACCGUACAGCCAAGCCAUAUUGGCAAAUAACAGUACCUUGUAUAUAUCCGGGGUGCUAGGUCUCGAUAAGGAAGCGCAGGUAGUUUGCGGCGGAGUCGAAGCACAAACGCGGCAAGCUCUAGAGAACCUGGAACGCGUGCUUGAAGCAGGUGGUGCUUCACUAGAAUCCGUAGUGAAGACAACUAUACUGCUUGUUGAUAUGAACGACUUCCGAUGUGUUAACCAAGUUUAUGCAGAAUAUUUCAAGAAAUACGCUCCGGCAAGAGCGACAUAUCAAGUGGCUAAGCUGCCACUGGGCGCAGCAGUGGAAAUCGAAGCUAUAGCCCUCAGUGGAAAACUGGUGGUUUCUGAAAUCGGUCCUUGCCCGUGUACUCGUGCCUAGUUUAUUAUUACACUUGAUAUGUGAAACGAAUAAAUAUAUAUACAAUAUAUAAUACGAUAUACGAAGGAACUUUAAUCACGUCGAUGUUUUGUAGA